UAAAUAAUCGUUCGUUUUGUCCUCCGAAUUCGUUGGUAAAUUCCAAAAAUGCCGGAAACCAGCGAAAAUGCCGAAAAGCUAAAAGCGUUAUCCACCCGAAAGUCCAGACUUCGAUCUUCACUGACUAGAAGUAUGUCAUACACAAAUGAGAAGCUGGCUACAGCAGAUUUUAACGAAGUUAAAGUGAAAUUGACAAUGGUCGAAGAUAUAUAUAAAAAUUAUCUUGCUUUACUUGACGAAUUUGACAACUUCGAAGUUCCGGAUCUGGACCCUUUCAUAGAAAAAUUCGAAGACGACUACAUCGACAUUAAAAGUAAAUUAGAAAAUCGUAUCGAUAAACUUAAUAAUAGUAGUGCUGUUCCAGGCUUUAAAAGACAGUGUACAACUGAAUCUGGUGGUAGCGGUAGUUGUUGUUCUUCUUCAAAAGCUACGAUUAAGUUACCAAAGUUGGAGUUGAAGAAAUAUGGUGGUAAUCUACUUGAAUUCGAAUCGUUUUGGUCUUCGUUUAACUCAGCUGUACAUAAUACCGAUUUAGAAGCAACUGAUAAAUUUACAUAUUUGAGAAAUAACCUGGUAGGCGAAGCUGAAGUAUUGUUGAGAGGUAUGGGUACCACUGCUGCUAACUAUCCGAUCGCAUACGAAAUGGUAAAAAAGAAGUUUGGUAAUAAAAAGAAAUUAAUUGAUUUAUUAUACGAUAAUUUAACGAAAAUUCCAAAAAGUAACAAAUGGACUAAAAAUUUGCGAAAUACUUACGAUAAUAUUGAAUCGAAUUUACAUGCUUUAGAAGGUGUAGGUGAAAAUAUUCAAAACAACACCAUACUGUAUUCGAUGAUUAUGAAGAAGUUUCCGUUUGAUAUAAUUAUGAAAGCCGAUUUGGAUGUUGCAAGUAACGAUUUAUCCGAAUUGAGGCAGAAAGUUGGCGAAUUGAUAUGGAAACAAGAGCAAUAUUGUGGUACUACAGAGAGCUUGAUAACUGGUGAUAGAAAACCGAGUAAAAAAUGUAUCUAUUGCGGUGAAACGUCACAUUAUUCCGAUGAAUGCAGCAAAAUAACGACAUUGGAAGACCGAAGAAAGAAAUUGAAUGGUCGUUGCAUCAUUUGUUUGAAUCCUGGUCAUCUCGCUAAAGACUGUACGGUAAACAAACCAUGUGUACAUUGUAAAAAACGUCGUAGUCAUCAUCGUAGUUUAUGUAUUAAAUUAUUUUCGAAAGAAGUUAGUAAUCCUGAACCAACUGAAUCUUUACUAAUGAAAGAUCAAGAAGGUAACCUGUUAGCAGCCACAAUCAACGUUGGUAAUGAAAGUCGUAUUCAAAAAGUUACCUCAAUUCUGGAUAGCGGUUCAAGAAGAUCGUACAUUACUACAAGGUUGGCCGAUAAAUUAAAAUUGAAGCCUCUUCAUUAUGAAACGAUUAGAAUUUCUACGAUUUGUUCCGAAGCUCCUAGAGAAAUUUCAACCAAGGUCGUUAGUUUAGAUAUUUUUACAAAUGAUGGUGAAAAAAUAAAAAUCACUGCAAAUACGAUACCUAAGAUUAUUAAUCGAAUAAAUCACCACGAUAUUAAGUUAGAUUCAAGAUUCGAGAAAUUCAAGCUCGCUGAAGUUGAUAAAAAUCUUGUACCUGAACUCCUGAUUGGAAAUGACUACAUGUUCGAUUUUAUGGUCAUGGAAAAAGUAAUUAUUGAUGAUUCAACUUCGUUAAUCAAUUCAAAAUUCGGAUGGCUUGUUGUUGGUCGAAUCGAUAAAAACCACGAAACUCCAGUUUUCUUCUCCGAGAUUGAAAUGGUAGAAAACCUAUGGAAAUUAGAUGCGAUUGGGAUAGACGAUUCAACCUCAGUGGAGGAUAUCGGCGAUGAACUUGCGGUAAAAAGUUUUUAUGAUAAUAUAGAAUUGAUAGAUAAUCGUUAUGAAGUAGCUUGGCCCUGGAAAGAGUAUCCGCCUGAUUUAAAAUCAAACAAAGGGCUCGCCUACGGUCGUUUGAAAUCUCAAAUGAGAAAAUUCGAAAAGAACAAAGAAUUAUUCGACGAAUAUGACAAAGUGAUCAAAUACCAAGAGUCUCAAGGUAUUAUCGAACGAGUCGACGAAUCUAUCAACGAUAAAGAAGAUUUAGUUCAUUAUCUACCGCAUCACGAAGUACUGACACCAGGUAAAAGUACCAGUUUACGAGUUGUUUAUGAUGGUUCUGCAAAAUCUCGAAAAAACGAUAAAAGUUUAAACGAUUGUAUUUUUCGUGGUCGCGUUCUUUUAGAAACGUUAUGUGGUUUGAUUUUGCGCUUAAUGUUGAGAUGUUUUGUAUUAACUUCUGAUAUUGAAAAAGCAUUUUUGCAAAUCGGUUUGAAAUUACGUGAUCGCGAUUUUGUUAGAUUUAUUUGGAUAAAAGAUUUUAAAAAACCGCUGAACUUCGAUAAUUUGAUUAUAUUUCGCUUUACUAAAAUUCCGUUUGGUGUUAUCGCUAGUCCGUUUUUGUUAACUUUAACAAUAAUUUUUCAUUUAAAUCAAUAUGAUUCAAAGUUCGUUCCGCUAUUACUAAGAAGUUUUUAUGUGGAUAAUCUUAUCUUAAGUGUCGAUUCGGUAGAUGAAGCUAUUGAUCUUUAUAAUUUUUCAAAAUCUUGUUUUAAUGAUGCUUCGAUGAAUUUACGUAAUUGGGUUACGAAUUGUAAUGAACUUAAAAAUGUUUUAAAACCGGAAGAUCGUUUAGAUGUAUCUGAAAUUAGUAUUUUAGGGUUAAAAUGGACUGUUAAAAAUGAUACUUUCGUGAUUAAUCAUAAACUCGCUAAUUCGGCUAUUAUUAUUACAAAACGUGAAGUUGUAAAAAAGGUAUCCUCGAUUUUUGAUCCGUUAGGUUUUUUGUGUCCUGUUGUUUUACCAGCUAAAUUAUUUAUUCGAUAUUUAUGGGGCAAAAACUUAGAUUGGGAUGAUGUUUUAGAUGAGAAAGAUCAAAAGUCGUGGAAAGAAUUACCCGAAAAAAUACUUUUAAAAAGCAAAAAACCCGCCAAGCUAGAAAAAAACUGCAAAAGUUCAUCGAGCAAGUGA